CAAAUAAGCGAGGUGGGUUGCCACUUGACGAAGACUCACUUCCGGAAUCACUGGGUUGCUGUGAGUUUUCCCGGCCUCUAUGGAAAUAUUCCAGAAGCAUUCUCUCCUGACGUUUCGCCCACAUCUAUGGCAGGCAUCCUCUGAGGUUGUGAGUGGGCUUCGGCCAUGAAGACUUUCUUGCUGGAGGAGCAGAAACGUUUAGCGGCAGACAUUACUCGCUUCCUCUCUCUUUACAACCACAUCACGGAUGCCUACAUCAUCGAGUUUUUCACAGACAACUUGUGGGGCAGCCUCCCUCUUUCCUGGCAGGCAGCUCUGGAUGGUCUCCGCUCCCCACAGCUGGCUGCCCUCUUGCUGGAAAAUAGGGCCACCCCAGAGGCCAGCUACAGUUCCGUCUGGCCGCUUUCGCUGCUGGCCUUCAAAGCCACCGCUCGUUCCUUGACGUUCCCUAGAAGAGCCGGGGGUCGAGGGGACGCCGCGGGGCUUGGGCGGCCAGAGGAGUUCCGGGAGAACCCUUGGCAGAGCGCCAGGCUGCACCCCGUCUUCCGGAAGCACGUCAAGCCCAAGAAGCAGCACGAAAUCCAACGGCUGGGGCAGGUGGUGAAGAGGCUGAGCGAUCUCACUGGGUGCCACCAUGUUGUCGAUGUGGGUUCUGGGCAGGGCCAUCUCUCCCGCUUCCUGGCCUUCGGUCUCAAUCUGCCAGUCACUGCGCUCGAGGGCGAUGCCCGCCUGGCCAGUCAGGCUGCCAAGUUUGACCAGGAGUUACUUCAGGUGUUGAAGAAAGAUUGCAACAACACUCAGGCUCAAGAAGACUUCUCUCACAAAGCGCCACGCCACAUGGUGGGCUGGGUUGAUCCCAGGGCGCCGUGGCCAGAGUUUGUACGCUUGCUGCAGCCGGAGAAGAACCGAGACGGGGGAGCAGCCAGAGAGCCCCCUAAACGGCCAGCUUUGGCCACAGGCUCUGAAGAGGAAGGCUGCCCACCCGCCAUAGUGCCUCAUGAAGGAAGAAGAGCAGAAGCUGCCCCAGAAGAUGGGGACUCCCCUGUCCACCCCUCUCAAAGGCCUCCUGGAAGCCUUCUCCUCACUGGACUCCAUGCCUGCGGUGAUCUGAGCGUGGCCCUUUUGCGGUAUUUUGCCCGCUGCCCACAAGUCGUGGGCAUCACCUCAGUCGGUUGCUGCUACAUGAAGCUGACCACAGAAGAGGAGACCUCGGGCCUUUCUCCCGGCCCCCCGUCCUCCGAGUGGGGCUACCCGCUGAGCAGAUGGGUCUCCUCCCUGCCGGGACAUGGGCUUUCCUACAAGGCCCGGGAAGGGGCCUGCCACGCCAUCGAGGACUACGCCCAGCGGCUCCGGCAGCAGAGCCCCACACUCCGGACCCACUGCUUCCGUGCCGCGCUGGAGGUGGUGAUUCGGGCUGCGGACCCAGACAAGAGGCGGUUGGGGGUCCAGACCAUCAAGAAGGUCCACACUCUCUCCUUCCAAGAGUAUGCCCACCUCGGCCUGGAGCGCCUGGGCAUGAAGCCCAGCUUAGCCCACAUAUCGCCUGAAGCCUUAGCAGCCAUGUUGGCCGAAGAGCAGAAGGUGGUGGCCUUCUUCAGCCUUGCCCUGCUCCUGUCACCUGUGAUGGAGACCCUCCUGCUGCUUGACCGCAUGAUCUACCUGCAAGAGCAAGGCUUCCAGUGUGAGCUCCUCCCGCUGUUCGAUCCCCACUUCUCCCCCAGAAACCUAGUGCUGCUGGCAGCCAAGGCUAAGGCAGGAUCUGACCUCACAGACCUGGCAAUGGAAACGUAAUAGAGAGAGAGAGUGACACCCUCAGGAAGCUGGAGAGGUUUAAAUUGCCUCUGCGUCUGUCUCAGUCUCUGUUAUAUGGCAUUGAAUAUUUGCCUUAUAUGUGUACAAUGUGAUCUGUGCUGAGUCCCCUUUGGGGUGAGAAAGAAGGGCGGGAUAUAAAUACAGUAGAGUCUCACUUAUCCAACAUAAACGGACCGGCAGAACGUUGGAUAAGGGAAUAUGGUGGAUAAUAAGGAGGCAUUAAGGAAAAGCCUAUUAAACAUCAAAUUAGGUUUUGAUUUUACAAAUUAAGCACCAAAACAUCAUGUUAUACAACAAAUUUGACAGAAAAAGUAGUUCAAUACGCAGUAAUGCUAUGUAGUAAUUACUGUAUUUACGAAUUUAGCACCAAAAUAUCACGAUGUAUUGAAAACAUUGACUACAAAAAUGCGUGGGAUAAUCCAGAACGUUGGAUAAGCGAAUGUUGGAUAAGUGAGACUCUACUGUACUGUAAAUAAAUAAAUAAAGAAAUAAUUCUGAUAUUGAGCACCCUUCUCCUUGGGGGACAAGACCCUAUUAUUUUAAGAAAAGGCACAACUUCUUGCUGAUAAAACUACAGACUGAAAGGCGGCAGAGUCCUGGUAUAAUUUCCACCCUGGGAAACAGACUCAGAGGAGGAAAAAUCCUGGCUGAAGGAGGAGAGCCUCAAGGUCCAAAGUGUGGCGGGAGUAAAGCCUUCCUUUCACGGUCCCAGCCGUGGAGGGCAGAAGAGCAGCGCUAAUACCAAUAGGACUUCCGGAAGCGCCGCGUCUCCACGAUCCCCUUCAUCUCCAUGAUUUCCUCUUGGAAUGUCUUCAAGGACGGGGUGUAGGUGUUCUCCAAGGCAUCCUCCACCGAUGUGUCCUUGGGGCCGUCUUGGUGGAACGUGGCAAAGAGCGGGAAAGAGAAAAAACGUGAGCCCAUUUGUGCACUCCGCAGGGGAGCGUUCGGGACUUUUCAUCUCUAAGGUUAAAUUCCUCAUAGCAGUGAUGGAGAACAACUUGUGGGAAUGGAUCCGGGAAAGUAUCCACUCCCUGCUAACAGAAAUAACAACAACUAAUAUUGGGUUGCUAUGGGUUUUUCAGGCUGUAUGGCCAUGUUCCAGGAGCAUUCUCUCCUGACGUUUCACCUGCAUCUGUGGGGUUCCUCCAUACAACAACAGCCAGGCUACCUCUGCAGGUACCCUCACUGAUUGACUGUGCAGCUUCAUGUCUACUCAGUGCUAAUCAAGCUUGCUAACUGAAACAUUCACACUUGCUUCAAACAGACAAGGGUUCUUUCUCCCGCCCUGGACAUUUCACAGAUACCGUAUAUACUUGAGUAUAAGCCGAGCUGAAUAUAAGCCAAGGCACCUAAUUUUGUCACAAAAAACUGGGAUAACUUAUUUACUCGAGUAUAAGCCGAGGGUGGGAAAUGCAGCAGUUACGAGUAAAUUUCAAAAUAAAAAUAGAUACCAAUAAAAUUUCAUUAAUCGAGGCAUCAGUAGGUUAAAUGUUUUGGAAUAUUUACUGUAUUUCAAAGAAAAGCAAUAAACUAGCUGUAAGUGGAAAAGUAUGGGCAACAAAAACAAUAUGGUAUCAACAAUAACAUAAUAAUAAUAAUAAUAAUAAUAAUAAUAAUAAUAAUAAUAAUAACAACAACAACAACAACAACAACAACUCAUUUGGAUCCCAUCCUAUCUCCCCAUGGGGACUCAGGCCGGCUUCCAACAUAUUAACAGGCAAACAUUCAAUAUAUAUUAUAUUAACAAUGUAUAUAUAUAAACAAUGCAGAGCUAGAUAUAGAUCUAUAAUUAUAGAUACUAAUUUCACAUAUGCAUUUCCCCCUGAAACGUUUGCAAAUCCCUGUGUGUGUGUACAUUUCUCCUAAAAUAUUUGCAAGCCAUAUAUACACACACACACACACACACACAUAUAUACAUAUAUAUAUAUAUACCUGCCAUAGAUGUGUGCGAAAUGUCAGGAGGGAAUGCUUUUGAACAUUAAUAAUAAUAAUUUAUAUACCGCCCUAUCUCCCAGAAGGGACUCAGGGCAGUUUACAACAAAGAUACAGACAUACAAUAUACAACAAUAUAAAAACACAUUACACAAAAAAUAAAAUUUACAGUAAAAUAACAAUCAGUAAAACCACAGCGGCUUCCAAUUGGGGUCAAUAAUGUUGUGGGUAACAUAGACCAUGAUAAGGAAAACAUGAGACUGUAUAGUAAAUUUCAUGCCAAGUCGGUGGAAUAGCCAGAAUGGAAUUCAUUCAAACACCUGCUGAAACCAACAUGGCCACAUAGCCUGAAAAACUCACAGAAACCCAGUGAUUUUGGCCAUGAAAGCCUUUGAUAACACUAUUAUUAUUAUUAUUAUUAUUAUUAUUAUUAUUAUUAUUAUUAUUAUUAUUAUUAUUAUUAUUAUAAUAUUAUGUCACAGCAAACAAGAUAGAUAUGCUGGAUUUCGUAUUGUAAAAUCACAAGUCGAACUCUUCCCAAGUGUCCAGGACUGUGAUGUAUUUUCGGAUGAUGUGUGCAGAUCCCAGUAGGGUGGCCUUUUGCAGCUGGCAGAUUAUUAUUAUUAUUAUUAUUAUUGUUAUUAUUUCUGUUAGGGGGAAGUGGGUACUCUCCCGGAUCCACCCCACAGGUUGAUGAUGAUGAUGACUAUUAUUAUUAUUAUUAUUAUUAUUAUUAUUAUUAUUAUUAUUAUUAUUAUUAUCUAUAUAUAUAAAAGAGUGAUGGCAUCAUGGCGACCCACAAAACAACAAAACUACAGGCCCCCCAACCUCGAAAUUUGACAACACAACCCAUCAUCCACGCCUCUAGGUUGAUACAACAAAAAGAAAAGAAAAAUAAAGUCCUAAUUAGAGAGAGAGGAAUAAUUGCUUUUAUCCAAUUGCUGCCAGUUAGAAGGCUAAGCUCCUCCAACUUGGUCUCCUAGCAACCCAAUAAAAAAUAAUAAAAAACACUAAAAAUUAAUACAAUAAAAUACUAUAAUAACAGAAAAUAACCAAAAAUAAUACAAGAAAAUAAUAAAAUAUAAUAAAUAAAAAUAUAACUUACAAUAAAAUUAAUUAAAAAAUGCAAAUAACGUCAAAUAAAAAUUACACAACAAUUUUUAACCAAUACCACCACCACUUUGCCACAGCAAUGCGUGGCCGGGCACAGCUAGUUAUUAUGAUGUUUAUAACUUGUAAGUAAACUCAAGGAAAUGCUCUCCCGCCACCCUUAAGCCCCAGCUUCACCUUUCCAUUGCUCUGGGAUAAUGCCGUCCUCCCGUUGUUCCACCGGUUUGGGGAUGAUCCGGCCGGUCCUGAGAGAGACUCGCACUCGCUCCCCUUCUUCUGUGUAGCGCCAUUCUACUUCUGUGGGCUUUCUGGAGAGGCGGGAUGACAGAAAACAUACAAAAGAGGCCAAGGGAUUACUUCUACAGCGUAAACCCCAUUUGCCCCACUUCUACAUCUGCACAAAGGGCAGCUGCAAAAUCCAAGCAACGUCCCUUGUAGUCCUUUAAGGGAAUUUUCCAGCCAGUUGCAGUGAGCUUGCAACAUCAGCAUUUGUGAUGAAAAAGCACUGAAAAGUAUCAUUUUGCACCUUUACAAUAAACAAACGGCUCCAAAUAUGUGUUGUUUUUCAUCUCACAAUAAACACAUGCUGCUAAACGCCCAGAAUUUUAUAAACACCAUCAAAGAAAAACUAAGAUGCAACCUAAUUGUAACCACUUAUACUGUAUCUUCUUUAGGAAGUCCUUUGAGUACAUUUGCUGCUGAACUGCAUCUAAAAAAGCAUCAUUUUGCAUCUUACAAUAAACAAAUGGCUCCAAGAAGUGUUGUUUUUCACCUGCUACAUGCUACAAAAUGCCCAAUAUUUUAUAAAACAUAAUUGGAGAAAAACUACAAUGUAAUGGAGCCACUUAUACUGUAGCUUUUAGAAAAGCAACACAAUUCCUUCUACUGUUGCCGUCCAUUGUGACUUGUGUAUUUUUUCAGAAUGCUCUUGCCCAAAUGUUGGAAUUUUGAGCACUUAGAUUAAUUCCAUGCAUCUUCACCACCGGGUUCUUCCAAACUAGAAAGGCAGGAUUUGCUUCCAAAACAAACAGGGAAACUCUACUUAAAUUUGUUGCUGAAGGCUUUCAUUGCUUUCACUGGGCUGCUGUAGGUUUUUUGGGCUUCCCAAAAAACGCCACUGAAAUCCACAGCACAUGGACAACAUCAACAGAAAGGAGGAAACCAUGAAAAUGAACACAAUCUGGCUAGUAGUAUUAAAAAAACCAGAAUCAAGACAGUAAAUAAAGAACACCAUUCAGAAACUGGAGACUUCCAAACUUAUACUCGAGUAUAAGCCGACCUGAAUAUAAGCCGAGGCACCCAAUUUUACCACAAAAAACCCUGGGAAAACAUUGACUCCAGUAUAAGCCAAGGGUGGUAAAUUUCAGAAAUAAAAAUAGACACCAAUAAAAUUACAUUAAUUGAGGCAUCAGUAGGUUAAAUGUUUUUGAAUAUUUACAUCAAGCUCAAAUUUAAGACUGUCCAACUCUGAUCCAAUCAUUUUUCUCAUCAUCUUCAAUCUAAAUGUGCUUAUGUAUCCUUUUAAUAAUAAUAGAGUAAAAUAAUACAGGAAAAUAAUACAUGUAAUAAUAAAUAGAGUAAAAUAAUAAAUGUAAUAAUAAUAACAGAGCGAUAUAAUAAAUGUAUGAAUAAUAAUUUAAAAAUAGAUUAAAAUAAAUGGAAUAGUAGCCAUAAUAACAAGAGUAAAAUAAUAAAUGUAAUAAUAAUAAUAAUAAUAAAUACAUCAAAAUAAUAAAUGUAAUAAUAGAGUAAAUUAAUAAAUGUAUUAAUAAUAAAUAGAGUAAAAUAUAAAUGUAGUAAAUAAAUAAAUAAAUAAAUAUACUCAAGUAUAAGCUGACCCAAAUAUAAGCCAACUAGGACCCUCACCUGAGUAUAAGCCGAGGGGGACUUUUUCAGUCUUAAAAAGAGGGCCCGGGCUAUGGUGCAGGCUGGAGAGCAAGCCAGUGCAAUUAACUGCAAUGAAUCACUCUGACCAGGAGGUCAUGAGUUCGAGGCCUGCUUGGAGCCUAUGUUUGUCUUAUCUUUGUUCUAUGUUAAAAAGGCAUUGAAUGUUUGCCUAUAUGUGUAAUGUAAUCCGCCCUGAGUCCCCUUCGGGGUGAGAAAGAAGGGCGGAAUAUACAUGCUGUAAAUAAAUAAAUAAAUAAGUGAAUAUGUUGGAUAAUAAAGAGAGAUUACGCCUAUUGAACAUCCAAUUAGGUUAUGAUUUUACAAAUUAAGCACCAAAACAUUAUGUUAUACAACACAUUUGACAGAAAAAGUAGUUCCAAUACGCAGUAAUGCUAUGUAGUAAUUACUGUACUUACGAAUUCAGCACGAAUUUUGCUUGGUUACCUGUCUGUGGGAUCAAUGAGGGCCACCUCUCGCAGCAACAGCGGGGCUUCGCUGGUCACGUAGGUCCCCGGUUGGGUGCUGGUCUUCCCCAGGUAGCGGUAAUGCUGGGGAGAAAAAGAGCUGGGAUGAGACCACCUCCCCUCAGUCUUCUGAGGGUGCCACACUACAAAACCCGCUCUACAGGCUCCCCAUUGACUCUAGGCCUAACAUUUAAUUCUAUGGGAGGUGCUAAAUAUCUAGAAAACUUAAAUAUCCCAAAAUUUCGGCUUGCUUUUAGCUGGGCCAGAUUUAAUGCACUCAAAUCAGCCAUACUAGAGGGUAGAUACAAAGGUACUGAAUAUGAAAACAGAGCAUGCCCUUGCGGGGAGGGUAAUGUUGAAACUGUAAUACAUGUACUUUUUAUUUGUACAAUUUACAAAGAUGUUAGACUGAGGUUAAUAUCCCCUCUACUCACUAAAUGGCCAGGGAGAACCCUAAAAUGGUACUGCAGUUAUUUAUUGUCUGAUCUUGACAAAAGGAUAACAGAGCAGGUGGCCAAAUUUCUCUUUUCAGCGGCAAAAAGCCGUAAGUGUUUCAUGAAAAACCUGUAAGUGUUGAGAGUGUAACAAAGAGUAUCCAGGGGACGUUUUACUAAUUGGAAAUCAGUUUUUGUUUUAGAUUAUAAAGAUAGCCAAAUAACCAAUAGAGAAUGGAGACACUUGUUAUUAACCAUAAGCCAAAUGUAAUGUCAUAAAUUACUCAAAUGUUGUACUCCAUCAUUGUACUGUAACUUGAUCCUAGCCAAUGGUUUGUUGACCGAAAUAAAGGCUACUGACUGACUGACUACAAAACCCAUCAGCCACAGGGGACAGGGAAGCUCUGAUCGCCAAACACAGUUCACCCAUCUCCCCAUCUACUCAUCAUCGUCCUAAAAACAAAGGCAACUCAGGUUCAAGUUCCCACUCGGCUUCGAUGCUCCCUUCAGCCUGGACUACUUUGUAGGGCGGCUAUGGAACAAGACAUGUCCUUUUAGCUCAAUAUGAAAAAGAUAGAACAUUUGGAAAUUGCAUCUGGAGGAAGACGAUAAGCCAUAGGUCAUUUUGAUUGUGGUUGGACUAGAUGGCCCAUGUAGUCCCUUCCAACUCUAUUAUUGUACAGUAGAGUCUCACUUAUCCAACAUAAACGGGCUGGCAGAAGCUUGGAUAAGCAAAUAUCUUGGAUAAUAAUGAGAGAUUAAGGAAAAGCCUAUUAAAUAUCAAAUUAGGUUAUGAUUUCACAAAUUAAACACCAAAACUUCAUGUUAUACAACAAAUUUGACAGAAAAAGUAGUUCAAAACUCAGUAAUGUUAUGUUGUAAUUACUGUGUUUACGAAUGUAGCACCAAAAUAUCAUGAUAUAUUGAAAACAUUGACUACAAAAUGGCUUGGAUUAUCCAGAGGCUUGGAUAAGUGAGACUCUACUGUAGGUUAAGGUAAAGGUUUUCCCCUGACAUUGUCCAGUCGUGUCUGACUCUGGGGGUUGGUGCUCAUGUCCAUUUCUAAGCCAAAGAGCCGGCGUUGUCCGUAGACACCUCCAGGGUCAUGUGGCCACUGGCAUGACUGCAUGGAGGCCAUUACCUUCCCGUCGGAGCAGUACCUAUUGAUCUACUCACACUCUGGGGUUGGUGCUCAUCUCCAUUUCUAAGCCCAAGAGCUGGCAUUGUCCAUAGACACCUCCAAGGUCAUGUGGCCACUGGCAUGACUGCAUGGAGCGCCGUUACCUUCCCACCAGAGCAGUACCUAUUGAUCUACUCACACUCUGGGGGUUGGUGCUCAUCUCCAUUUCUAAGCCAAAGAGCUGGCAUUGCACGUAGACGUCUCCAAGGUCAUGUGGCCACUGGCAUGGCUGCAUGGAGAGCCGUUACCUUCCCGCCAAAGCAGUACCUAUUGAUCUACUCACAUUUGCAUGUUUUCGAACUGCUAGGUUGGCCGAAGCUGGGGCUAACAGCGGGAGUUUACCGCGCUUCCCGGAUUUGAACCGCCGACCUUUCAGUCUGCAAGUUCAGAAGCUCAGCGGUUUAACCCGUCACACAACUUGAAUCUAAUGCUCACCUUUUUCGGGUUAAAUUACCUUCCCGAAAUUAGGGUUUGUGUAAAAUCUAAGUGAUGACCCAAAGCAAAAGGGGAAGCUGCUUCAGGAGCAUCUGAAAUUUGAACAAUGCAUUAGAUUCAAUAGUGCAUUAGACUCAAGGAAAAUACAGGGUAUUCUGAUUUUGUGAUUUCAUAAUUUCUGAGUUGGCGUCACAGACGAAGCUACACAAAUGGCUGCUCACCUCCCGCAUCUUGCAAAGCUCAACCCUUCCUUGUGUCCUGUCCCACUUUUCUCUCUGCAGGGGAACCUGACUUUUAUUUUAUUUUUAACUUAUUUAAUACAUUGAUAUCCCAUUCUUUUCACCCCGAAGGGGACUCAGAGCGGCUUACAAAUCAAAUGUACAUACGAUAUAUUAUUAGCAUAGCACAAUAUAAGCAUUAAAUUACUAUAUUGUGCUAUAUCAUUAUAUGGUAACUAGCUGUGCCCGGCCACACGUUGCUGUGGCGUUGUCUGGUGGUGUUGGUGAGAAAUUGUUGAGGUAGUGGUGGUAUUGAAUGUCUAUUGUAUGAUUGUCUUUAUGUUUAGUAUGCAUUUGGUUGUUUGUGUACUGUGAAAGUGGUGAGGAUAGAGGACACUGUUUAUGUCGGAUUAGUGAGACUCUACUGUAUAUUUGUAAUCUUAUAUUAUCUGCCUAGAACUGCCCCUUCUACACAGCUGUAUAAAAUGCACACUGAAGUGAAUUAUCUGGCAGUGUGGACUCAAGAUAAUCCAGUUCAAAGCAGAUAAUAUAAGAUUCUAAAUGGGUAAUAUAGCUAUGUGGAAGGGCCUUGAGUCUACACUGCCAUAUAAUCCAGUUAAAAUCAGAUAAUCUGUAUCUUCUAGGCAGUGUGGAAGAGGCCUGAAGCCUAACUGUGCCUAUCUCCUGGACUGAGUAGGUUGCUAGGAGACCAAAUGGGCGGAGCUUAGCCCUCUAACUGGCAGCAAUUGGAUAAAAACAAUUAUUCCUUUCCCUCUAAUUAGGACUUUAUUUUUCUUUUCUUUUUGUUGUAUCAACCUAGAGCCGUGGAUGAUGGGUUGUGUUGUCAAAUUUCGAGGUUGGGGGGCCUGUAGUUUUGUUGUUUUGUCCGCUGCCCUGAUGCCAUCACUUUUUUAUAUAUAUAGAUAUUAUUAGUAAUAUUACAUUCAAUAUAUAAUAUAUAAUUAAUAUUAUUAUACUAUUAUUAGAAUAUUGUAUUACAUUAUAAUAUUAUUAUGAAUAUUAUAAGUAUAUACAAUAUAUUAUAUAUUUAUAAAUUAUUGUAUAUCAUAUUAUUUUCCCUCUGCCUGACUUUCUAUGGAGAAAAGCUCAACCAUUCCACAUCCCUGAUAAUAAUUCAUAUAAUCAUCCCCACCAGCCCUCCCUUUCCCGCGUAACUCCCUGCUCCAUCUGCUGCCCACUCACCAGGUUCAGGCCCUGCAGGACGACCCAGUUCCGCUCCUUGAUGAUCUGCACCACCUGGCCUUGCUUGCCGCUGUCCUUCCCUUUCAAGAUCUGGACCUGUAGACAGAAAUGGAUGCCCCACGAAAAAUGUGUGGUAGUGUGAAGAAGUGUAUAAUUAUAUUUUGUUUAGAGGUGAUAUGUGUAUUUGAUUUUGUUUGAACAGUCAGGUUUGGCUAAGUUAAAAUGGUGAGUAUUUGAAUUGACAUUAUGUAUGGGGGAAGGUAGCCAUCUUAGAGUGCUAGAGCAGGUUACCAUAGCAACAGGGGCGGAGCCAACCGCCGCCUGGAAAGGAGAAGGGGAAAUAUUUUAAAACCCAGCAGUUGGUGAUUCUCUAGUCACAGAGAAGGAUCUGAUUCUUGUGUGGAGAAUCAGGCUGGCUUAAAUAGAGGGAUUUGAGUCAGAUUUAGGUUGGACCAGACUAGGCAAGUUAGGUGAUUUGUCUAGGGUCAGUUAUAGAGCCUGUGGAUUAGGGAACAUUAAUCCCAGGGGAUCCAGGAGGAUCAGGGUUUAGUGUAAUCCAGAGAAAGAAGUAUUUUGAAAGUUUAACCACCUUAUAACUGUUUGUAACCAUUAAGCGAAGUGCCUUUAAUAAGUUAUCUGAAACCAUCAAGCUCUGUACCUGCAAUAAACUUGUUUUGAUUUUAUUCUAA